UCACGGGCCGGUCCUCUCUGGAUCCAUGGCCAACACGUCGAAUAGUUUCCACGGUGGAUAUUUCCUAAACCAGAACUAAGUUAUUUCCUAAACGAGGUGGAGAUUUACUUUCUCUGCGCAUAUGUUAUGUGUCGAAUCCUUUCCCAGAUGGAGAUUUGUUUACUAAACCAGGCGAAUCAAAUAGGGUUUUGUAAAGGUAGAUAGGGUUUUGUAAUCUUCUUCUUUCCUCCGUUCGAAAUGAAGAUCGUUCGUAGAGACCUGGUUCGUGAUGGGCCUGGCAGUGUCAAGAUGAUUCCACAAGAAUCCGAUGAUUUAUGGGUGGCUUAUAACUUGAUAGCUGUAGGUGACACAGUCCUAGCUGUUACAGUCAGGAAAGUUUUAAGAGAAGCAGCUUCUGGAGGAAGAGAUGCGGAACGCGUGAAGCUGAAACUGGAAAUAAAUGUGGAGUCUGUGGAUUAUGACAAAGAAGGGGCUGUUUUGCGCAUACGUGGAAAGAACAUCCUGGAAAACGAACAUGUUAAGAUAGGGGCAUUUCACACUCUAGAAAUUGAUCUUCAUCGACCUUUUGUGCUAAGAAAGGAAAUUUGGGACUCACUUGCGUUAGAUGUACUCCGUCAAGCUUCAGAUCCUUCUGCAAGUGCUGAUCUAGUGGUGGUUUUAAUGCAAGAAGGAUUGGGACAGAUCUUCCUAAUUGGUAAAAGUGUGACAACUACUCGUUCACGGAUAGAAGUGCCAAUUCCUCGCAAGCAUGGACCUUCUAUUGCUGGUUAUGAUAAAGCUUUGAGCAAGUUCUUCGAGAAUGUUUUACAGGCUUUCCUGAAAUAUGUUGACUUCAAGGUUGUCCGCUGUGCUGUGAUUGCAAGUCCAGGGUUCACUAAGGAUCAAUUUCAUCGUCACUUAUUGUUGGAGGCGGAAAGGAGACAACUGAGACCUAUUAUUGAGAAUAAAUCACGCAUAAUUCUAGUGCAUACAACCUCUGGAUACAAGCAUAGUUUGAGAGAGGUGUUGGAUGCCCCAAAUGUAAUGAAUAUGAUUAAAGAUACAAAAGCAGCACAGGAGGUCCAAGUUCUAAAGGAUUUCUUCAGCAUGCUUUCAAAUGAUCCUGAUCGUGCAUGCUAUGGACCAAAGCAUGUUGAGGUUGCCCAUGAACGAAUGGCAGUCCAGACACUUCUCAUCACUGACGAACUCUUCAGGAGUGCUGAUAUAGCAGCAAGGCAAAAAUAUGUUAAGUUGGUCAAUUCAGUCAAAGCUUCAGGGGGCACCACUCACAUAUUUUCAUCUAUGCACGUGUCAGGAGAGCAACUUGCGCAGCUGACCGGGAUUGCAGCAAUCCUUCGUUUCCCCCUGCCAGACCUGGAAGACAUUGAGAUGUGACGGAAGAUUUUUGGGUUAUUGAGCUAAUUAUUAUUUAAUUGGCUUCUUGUUGUUGUAUCUUAGUUUAUCUUCCAUUUUAUUUAUAAUGAUAUGCAUGAGAGUGUAGGAUCAACUUCUGCGCAGUGGAAAAACAUUUAUUUGUAAUGUAACUAAUAAUAUGUUUAAUAGCAAUGCAUCAUUUUUCUUUUC